CUUGUACCGACAAAAAAGGCAGAACCUGUACUUUAUAUUCCUUCAUUAGCAGCAACACAAAAUUUCUCUUGAAUCGAAUCCAAUAAUCAGAAACCCAAAUAUCUAUUCCAACUCCUGUUCGAAAAUCAAUCAUUCUUAACACCUAAUUCUCUCUCUCUCUCUCUCUCUCUCUCUCUCUCUGUGACUCUGUGUGAUUUUUAUAUAAUCAUCACUGCUCUGGUGGGCUUCUUACUUUUUGAUACCUUUUUGACAUCCAAAACCUGUGAACCUUUGCUUCAUCACCAUCACCAUCACCAUCAUCAUCUCUUCUUGUUCUUGCAGUUGCAGAUACAACUUUCAUGGAAACUCAACUUCUUUUCAGCCCAACUUUCCCAACCUUCUUCAUGAUGUUUUUCUUCAUAUAUAUCUUUGCUUACUUUGUAAUUUUCCGCAACUGGGCUUCAAAGGAGCGUGCAGAAGCUUCAAGUUGCUUCCUCUCUCUUUUUCAUGGAACUCCUGCUGUGAUCAUGUCUAUUGGUGCACUAAUUCUCACCCAAAACCAAUCCCAACUCUCUUUUGCUUCUCCAAACUCCACCCUCCAAAACACAGUCCUUGAGUUCAGCAUGGCUUACUUUGUGAUGGACCUUUUGCAUUACAUAGUUUUCUCCCCUCAUGAAAUUCUCUUCAUUCUCCACCAUGUAGCAACACUUUAUGUAUUCGCCACUUGUCAUUACAUGGUUCGUCAUGGAGCUGUCUCUCUUCUUGUACUUCUUGUCCUUGCUGAAGUCACCAGUGCUUGCCACAACGUGUGGAGCCUCUCUAGGUUCAGAAGACAUGAUGUACCUGCCGCUAAUAGGUUGUAUGAGGUUCUGUCUCCUUGUUUCUAUGUCUUCUAUUCAAUCGUUAGAGGGAUUCUUGGGCCUAUAUUUGUGUCCAGGAUGGGUAUGUUUUAUGCUGGUGGGGUUGCUGGUACUGCAAUUCCUAGCUGGGCUUGGAUUUCUUGGAUGGUAGUGAUUGUUAUUGCAAUUUUGGUUAGUAUAUUCUGGGUCUUUAAUCAUUGGGUAGAUUGGCAUAAACAGAUGAUUAAUAAAGCAGAAAAGAGAAUGAGGUAGAAAUUUGUACUCUCUUGUUGCCUUGCUGGUUUGAAGUUUGAACUAUAAGAUUGUCUGAAUUUGUCACCGGUAAAUGCCACCUAUUUGAUGAUUCACCAAGUUUAUGCUGCAUAUGAAAAUCCUGAUCUUUCA